CGGCGUCUGAAAGGACCGAUAUCCCGAUGCUUUGAGUCCAGAAUAGACAUCUAGUCCUGGAUGUUUAGCGAGAAGAUUGUGCUACCUAUUGUCGUCAUCAGUCACAUAAUUCUUGAUUGAACUGCGUGUCAAAGUCAUGCCUCAGCAUAUAAAAGCCCGUAGUUCUUUCUCCCACAGUUGACCGUCCUUAUCAGCACACUUGAUCAUCAUAGUGUUUCACUGCUAUCAACUCGAUUAUCGACAAGGUUGAAUUCUGCUCCCGCCUGUUCAAAAUGCGUUCUGUCUGUCUUAUCUCUGCCCUCCUUGCUUUCGCGGCCGUCAGCGCUGCUGCACCCGUGGCUGCCGGCAUCCCAAGCACCGGUAUCGAGCAACCUGCGCCGCAGCACUCUCCGGUUCCCGAAUGGCACGAAAGCGGCAAGCCAGGUGGCGAGGAGGCCAAGGGCGGUGACCAUACCAACUACGAACCCGCUGGCAUUGAUGAAGAGAAGAAGCCGGAGGAAGAGAAAGGUGUGAAACGCCGUGCUGAACCUUCUGGCGUCCCACAUCCGGGAUCCUGGAAACCCACUGGUGAAGGCGAGCAUCCUGGCGAGGGUGUGGGUGAAAAGAAAGAAGUUUCUUCCGGCCAGAGUUAUCCUUCUGGUGAGGGUUCUGACGAGGCCGAGCACGGUGACAAGCCGACAAAGAGCCAAUCCCCUCCCCCCAAGAUCGGCGAAGGUGAAAAAACCCCAGGUGCCCAUGAGCGAGUCAAGAGAGGCGAGUCAAGCACUGAUAACACUCCCUCGGGUGGUUCUUUCGGCGGUCCUCACCUUCCAAAGCCUGAAACCAAGCCCGAGACUCAGCCCGAGGGCGAGAGUGCAGGUGGCGAGGGACACGGAGAGUCGGGAAAGCCUGAGGAUUAUGAGGGCGGAAAGUGAUGCUCUUUCUGGGCAUUUAUGUUGGCCAGAGAGGUAGAGAGAGCGAUGGUUGGAAAUUGCUAGGUCGAGCUGAUGACUUUGAAGUUGGGGAUAAUCGUUACCACGAGAUAUGUCCGAUUAUGACGGGUAUGAAUUUCGAAUGCUGCUUUGGCGGGAACACACUCUUUUAUAUAGUGAGCAGUUAGAAUUGAAAUAAACCCAUUUGGU